CAACUACGUCCACUACCGCAUAAGCGGAAGUACGUCGGUACCUUGUGUCCACACCAGCGGGCAGGUGAAGCCGGUUAACUGACACUUGAGAAGCAGGAGACGCUGAACGGUGCCAUGGAUAACGUUGCGCGAGACGCACAACUUUCCUCAUGGAGGGAAUGUUGCCUGGUGAAGCGGAUCCGCAUGUUGGUCCCUGUGGGCUUCAAGGGCGAAAUAAUAGACCUGUCAAAACUGUCCGGACCAGUGAUUAUAGCCCAACUCAUGAGUUUUGCAGUAGGUUUUGUCAGUACUGUUUUUUGUGGUCACUUGGGGAGGACAGAGCUGGCUGGAGUAUCGUUGGCUACAGCGGUCAUUAAUGUUACAGGUAUUUCUAUUGGCUCCGGCUUAGCGUCAGCAUGUGAUACUCUGAUGUCUCAGACGUAUGGGAGUGGUAACUUGCUGAGAGUUGGAGUAAUUCUGCAACGGGCAAUCCUCAUUUUGUUACUGGCUUGUUUCCCCUGCUGGGCGAUCCUCAUCAACACAGAACCCAUUCUGUUGGCUGUCAGACAAGAGCCAGAAGUAGCCAGGCUGUCUCAGAUGUAUGUGAAGAUCUUUAUGCCAGCACUUCCUGCCGCGUUCAUGUUUUCAUUACAGACAAGAUAUCUGCAAAACCAGGGCAUCAUAUGGCCUGAGGUCAUCACAGGCUUCGUGGUUAAUAUUCUCAACGCUCUCAUCAACUACAUCUUUCUCUUUGCAUUACAUAUGGGAGUAGCAGGUUCUGCUCUUGCCAAUACCAUCUCCCAGUUCUCCAUGGCUGCAGUUCUCUAUGCUUAUAUCAUUUGGAAAGGUCUUCACAAGCCCACCUGGGGAGGCUGGUCUAAGGAGUGUCUCCAUGACUGGGGCUCAUACAUCCAUUUGGCUAUCCCUGGCAUGGUCAUGAUGUGUGUUGAGUGGUGGACAUAUGAGAUUGGAAGUUUUCUGGCAGGUUUAAUAAGUGAGGUUGAACUUGGAACUCAGGCAGUUGUAUAUGAGCUGGCAAACAUUGCUUACAUGUUCCCAAUGGGUUUCAGUGUGGCUGGCAAUGUGAGAGUUGGAAAUGCUUUGGGAGCCGGGGAAACAGAGCAAGCAAAGUUGUCUGCAAAACUCUCAAUGUUCUGUUCAGUGUCAGUGUCUGUCUGCUUGGCAAUUUUUAUUGGGAGCCUAAAGGAUCACAUUUCUUAUGUCUUCACAUAUGAUGAACAAAUAAGAGAAAGGGUUUCAGACGUCAUAUCUUUUUACGCUCCAUUCAUCCUCCUAGAUGCUAUUUCUGCUGCAUCUGGAGGCAUUAUAAGAGGAACAGGUAAGCAGAGAGUUGGGGCUAUUUGCUACCUUUUUGGAUUUUAUGGCAUUGGUUUUCCAAUUGGAGUCCCACUGAUGUUUGCAGCCAAAUUAGGAAUCAUAGGUCUGUGGAUAGGCUUAGUUACCUGUGUUUCACUGCAGUGCACAUUUUUGAUUUUCUAUCUGGCCAGAAUGAACUGGAAGAUGGUUACAGUCGAGGCUCAGAUUAGAGCGGGGAUUCGAGACAGCUCUGCUAACACAAGUCCCCAGCCAGAAGAUGCAGGGAACUCCCUGGGCCAGAUGGAGACAUUUAACCUGGAUGACACUGAGGAGGUACCUGCAGUAAAAACUGUAGACCAGAUUCCCUACAGGACUCUGGUUCUACGCAGAGGCCUGGCUGUGGCUGCCAUGCUGUUUAUCUUGGCUGUUGGAAUAAUUACAAACCUGCUGAUCACUAAUCUGGCUACUUGACUCUUUGCAAAGUCUUUUGCACUCAUGGAGCAAUUCUUUAGCCACCAGUGCUAAACAUAAUGCUGGUGUUGGCACCGCAGGCCAGAGCAGGACAGUGGUGCGACACGAGUAUCGAUAAGAAGCAAAUUAAAAAGGGGAAAUGAUGUUUGAUCGUAAUUCAAUCUCAGAAAGCAAGAUUUUUCUCUAAAACGACAAGGUUUUUCUGUGACUCCUUCAAGAUGAAGUUCACUGUUAUAUGCUGUCAAAAAGAACCAAAUCAAAGAAAGAUGCUAUAAUUAAAGCAAUAAACAUAAACAUUGUUAUCUUUG